AUGAACGCUAGAGCGGCUGUCUGUCUGAGCGCCUCAUCAGUGAGCGCUGGCUGAGUGAAUGCGCCUUCUGCUACCUCUACACUAUGGGCUGGAAUAUGCAGACAGCGGAGUCAUGAUCUGCUGUCUUCCCCGGGACUCGUCUUCCGCUCGGAGCCCAACGAAAACAACACUGUAAAGCGUCUCGUAUCGAAGCACCGCGGCAAUCGCACCGGACGCUAAACGCAGCCGGCCGGAGAGGAUCUUGCGCAGUGGCAGCGACCGACCGUGGCGGACACUUCGGGUGAUGUCGGCUGGCCGUCACUCUUGACAUCGGCCUCCCCUCUCAGACGCACAGCGGAAUGGGAUCAGUGCUUGUGAAGUGAGAAGACGUCGGAAUGCACUUGUUUGUUGGACCUUCAACCCAGUGAGCUGUCUGUAAGUUUGCUUGCAGUGCACUUCUCUCUGACAGCCAGACACAACAUAUCUCAACCUAUCCCUUCCGUUUCCUCUCCACCACCGGCCAAUCAAAUGCACUCCGAAAGUAAACUCACCAAUCAUGGCAAGCAAGUGACUAGCGGGGCCCAAUCACAGCUCCCGAAUGUAAACCAAUCGCAACAGCAAGGUCCUGCGAGCACCCAGGGGUCAAAGAGCAGUGUGUCAGGGAACCAUGGAGUCAAAUCCAACCAGGUUUCUCCUGGCAACCCUGGACUGAAGAGUCUCAGUCAAUCAAGCACUGGCGUCGGAGUAGGUGGGAUAAUGAAGACCAAGGCCAAGAGGGAAAGGAGCGUCUCCAUGGAUACAGGAGACCAGAGAGAGUCGAUCACUCCUGUCUUGGAGCCGGAUAUCAAAGUAGAGGGCGUGAUGCGCAGCAAACGCAGGUGUGUGCUGGAGAGAAAGCAGCCGUACAGUGGCGAUGAAUGGUGCUCGGGGGCUGAAACCGAGGAAGAGGAUGAGAAACCUCUUUCUGCCACACACCGAGAGCAUGUGAUGUGUCCUAGUCAAUCCCACUCUGGUUCAUCUGCCACGGGCCCGAUAAGUGAUCCCGGAGGUCAAGGUUUGGGCUCUGGUCGUGGACCCGGUAUUCGCACUGAUCUGAAUCCUCGGCCACCUCAGCAAAUAGUUUAUGUUUUCACCACCAGCCUAGCCAACAGUGCUGCAGAGGCAGUGAUGCAUGGCCACACAGACUCCAUCCUCUUAUAUCACCAGCAGAAUGUACCCCGCACAAAACUGGACCAGUCUAUCGCUGUUGGAAAACUCACCAACCUAAGUGAGCAGAUCAGCUCUAGUCACACCCCGCCCAUUGGCACUCCCAAAUCCCAAAGCGGUACGCCCCGGCCAGCUUCGGUUGGUGGCGUUGUGGGAGGACACCUUCCUGGCACCAGUACUCCUUCCACAGGGCAUCCAGAUGGUGAGUCAACCCAAACCCACCGAGUUGGAGGAACGUCAGGCAGCAACAGCCGCUCUGCAGUUCAUUCGAUGGGUCCAGCAGGGUCAGGCCCACAGUCUGUAGGUGUUUCUGGAUCAGAUGGAGUGGACAGGCCAGGUACGAUUCCCCACCAUGGUGCAGGACCGUCUCCUUCCUCAAGUCCCUCUGCAUUAUCUGCACAUCGUCAGGGUGAGCAAGGUCAACGUGGAGGGCCGGGGAACACAGAUGGACUUUCUAAGGAGCAGCUAGAGCAUCGUGAACGAUCACUGCAAACUCUUCGAGACAUUGAGAGGUUGCUUCUUCGUAGUGGGGCCGGUGCUGGCCAUGAGGAACCAAGAGGUCCUAAUGACAAUCCUAAUGGUACUAAUGUCAACAACAAUAAUAGUAACAAUGGGGGUAGGGGGAUGGAAGAUGGUGAAAAUGGUGGUGAGAAUACUGGUAACUGCCACAACAACAAUGCUGGAAUGCCUGGUAUGCCACCUGUGGGUGGAAUGAAAAAGUACGAGGAACCAUUACAGUCCAUCAUCUCACAGACCCAGAAUCUUGGUGGUCCUGGAUUGGAUGAUUCUCUGAUGGGGCCGCACCAUGGUAUGCCACCGCACUCUCACCACCUCUCCUCACCUUCAGGGAUGGAUAUGGGUCCCAUGAUGGGGCCUGAAGGUGUAACACCAGAACAGCUGGCUUGGAGAAAGCUGCAGGAAGAAUACUAUCUAGAGAAAAGGCGACAACAAGAAAUUAACCCCCACCAACAUCCCCAGCAUUUCCGCAUGAUGUCGGAAAUGGGUAUGCCCGGGGGGCCAAUGCUAAUGAGGGGGCCCCCACCCCCAUAUCACAGUAAACCUGGUGAUCAGCAAUGGGGGCCAGGGCCGAUGGGGGGAGGAAUGGGCGGAAAUCCUAGAUUAAUGGAAAUGCAUCAGGAGGGGCCUCGAGGGCCAAGGUUUCUUGGACAAAUGCGAGGCCCCUCAGGCGGUGGAGGCUACUCGGAAAGCCCUGGAGGAGUUUUAGCUAUGGAGGGCUUGGGCCCUCAAAGACCUCCAAGGCCAGGCAUGGCUUGGCUGGACGAAAUGCCACCAAACAUGGGUGGUGGGGGCCCAUUUCAUGGGUGCUACCCUCCUGGGGGACCGGGUGGACCUCCGCAGCAUUUUCAGGGAGAUAUGGAUCGACCUUUAACGCGGGAGGAGAUGUUCCGCAGAUUACAUAGAUUAGAUUUGCAACAACAAAUAUCCAGGCAGCAGCAGGCAGAGCUUGGCGGCCCUAGGAUGAUAGAUAACACUGGAGGACCAGGCUUUCCUAAUCCUGGAAUGGGGGGAGGACCGCCCUCACGUGGUGACCCAAUGGACUUUCCUGGUUCUCGGGCUAUAAUGGGCUCUCCCAUUGGUGGGGUAGGUGGCGAUGGUGGCCCUACAAUGCGAGACAUAAUAGACUCUCCCUUGGGGGGUAAUUUAAACAUGAAUAUGGGCAUGAACAUGAAUCAACAGCAGCAGUUGUUGGCACAGAAGCUGAGGGGAGGGCCUGGACUUGUUGGCCCUCUUGGGGAGAUGUUGAACCCAGAAGAAAUCUCUCGUAUCAGGGCUUCACAGAAUGGCCGUGGUGGUGCUAACAAAGGAAUGAUCCUCGGGCCUGAAGGACCUCUUCAGUUCCCCAACCAGAGCUCCUUUCCUGGUAGUCAAGGUGAUGGCCCAUAUAUGCAGCAACCUGAGAUGUUUGUACCGGACCAGCAAGGUCCUCCCCACAUGAACAGCACCUCAAGACUAAGUCACAUUCCAAUGAGCACUGGCUCAAGGGGUAUAGACCAUAGCACUCGACAUCCCCCUGACCUGUCCAUUAGUGUAAAUCCAAUGGGUUCCCCAGCUUUACCUCCAUCUCAUCAGCUCAAAUCUCCUUCUCUUAGCCAAGAGCCAUCACCUCUCAUGCCUUCACCAUCUGCAGCAGGCCUGAAAUCACCCAGCCAUUUACUACCAAGUGGUCCUUCUCACCCACCUCUACCAGCAGCUUCCGGGGCUGGAACACCCUCCUCCACCUCUAUCAAGUCGCCACAGGUCAUAGGCCCUUCUCUUGGUCUCCGAUCACCAUCUGGCUCUCCCGGACACCUAAAAUCUCCAACCAUGCCAGUCGCUUCACCUGGCUGGACUGCCUCACCCAAGACGGCUAUGCCCAGUCCUGGAGGGCCAGCUAGUGUGAAGGUCACCGGAAAUGGGGGAAGCAGCUCCACAGAUACAGGCAUGUCACUGCCACCUAGGAGUUCAAACUCAACACCCAUCAAUCAGCCGCCCAAUUCUAUCAAUCCUAGCAUGCCUUUCACAUCCUCGCCUGAUGCUCCCCCAUCCCAGAAUCCUCUUUCCCUUAUAAUGUCUCAGAUGUCAAAGUAUGCCAUGCCCAGCUCCACUCCACUCUACCAUGACGCCAUCAAGACAAUCGCUACAUCAGAUGAUGAGAUGCUACCCGAUAGACCCCUCCUGUCUGGAAUGAACAUGUCAGUCGGAAACAUGGGAAAUCAUCAGUCCACGCAGAUGCUACUGUCCUCCCAGGGUUCAAUGGGACCUCACAGUGGUCCACAAAGCCCUAUGGGAAUGGUUCUCCAAGGAGGUCAGCAGCUAUCCCAUGAUCCUUCUGGUCCCAUGCUCCCAUCCCCUAACACUCUGGGCAUGCCAGGAAUGGCCUCAGCAAUAAUGGGAGGUGGACCGCCUGAUGGAAUAGGACCUUGCAAUGUUUCCCCACUGCAUCUUCAAAACCAGAUGGGGGGAUUCCCUCGCAUGCAGGGACCUAUUCACUCCCCUAUUGGUAUGGGACAGCAGUACUCCCAGCGCCCAGAUGAGGUUCUACCACCUCAACAGAUACACCUUCUAAAUAAAGGCAUGUCUCACCAGCGACCUCACCAACCAGACUCUUUUCCACCCUUAACCAUGGGUGAUGGUCCAGACCUGAGUGAGGUCAUCAGGCCCACACAUACUGGCAUUCCCGAGUUUGAUCUUUCCCGUAUCAUUCCUGCUGACAAGCCCAGCAGCACCCUACAGUACUUCCCAAAAAGUGAAGCCAUGUCCCAGCCACAUCAGAAUCCCCACCAGGGUCAACCGCCUCAGCAGACCUCUGCACACCUUCUCAAGCAGCUCUCCUCGUCUGGACCGCCCCAUGGCGGCAUUCCUUCCUCCAACCCCCAUAUCGCUAACUUACAGAACAUGAUGCCCGAGCAGCAACUGCCCCUACACCCUUCGCAUUGUGGUAUGCGACCAGGUAUGGGCAUGCCUCAGAUGGGCUCCAGGGGCAUGGGUUCAGGUGGUGGGAUGGGGCCCAUGUGCCACCCAGGGCAUAUGAUGGGCAGGACAGGCAUGUCUCCACAACACCAGCUCCAGCAACAACACCAUCAGCAGCAGCAACAGGCCAUGAUGGCCAACAACCUCUUACAACACCCCUCCCACCCUCCCCGCGGUAUGCUGUCUCCACAGCAGCACCCUCAUAAUCUCAUGGCUCAGCAGAAUCUGAUGAUGAUGCAGGCAAAGCAGCGGGGCAUGGCACUUCCUGGGGAGCACUUUGGCCAGCCGGGGCCUCUCAUGUCCCCUCAGGGGCAUAUGAUGGGACCUCCACAUUCACAGUCAGGCAUGAUGGGCCCUCAGAGUCUGAGACAACGGAGCAUGUCUCUGGACAGUCCAUUGGGCUACGGACCUGGAAAUAUGGCCAACAUGCCCUUUUAAUCGGGCAUCCUGUAAAACUGUAAAAACCUUGUUUCCUAUUGGUUAUUUCAGAAUUGGAAUGCUGUCCUUGCCAUUGAUAAUGGCAAACAAAUGCUAAAAACAAUGGUUUUAGUAAUAUUUUCUUGACGCUGAAGUGAACUUCGGGAUCUAUCUGUUAAUGGGAUUAUCAUUACAAUUCAGUCAAAUCUAAAGCCAUUUUUUAAGAUAUUUGUAAAAUAUGUAUAUUUGAGAUUAAUGUGUUCCAUUGCAAAGCGAACGAAGAAAAAAGCCUCUGGGUUUCUAUGUUCUAAUUACAUUCUGGCUACCAAACUGUUGUGGAAGGUAAUAUAUAAAUAUCUAUGUAUAAAUCUAAAACAUAUAUAUAGUUGCUGUAAAUAAGAUGCAAUUUGUGCUUGUUUGCAACUGUUCUGUAUACUGUGUUUUAUUAGAAAUCUAAUAACAAAUAAGAAAAAAAUCUGUUCCGCAA